GUGACUCACACACCGUCGUGGCCGUGAGACGUGUUGCUGUGCUCUCACCCGCUCAGACUGUCGUGUGUGUGAUCGAGUGUCGAAACUUGACUGAACUUUUUUUUGUAUUUGUGUAAGAGGAAAGCCGCCAUUUCUUAUCAUAGAUAAGGCGAAACGCACGUCCGAACUGCGCUUAAUAGAACUCCAAAGGCCGAAUAGAAACCACAAGGCCAGCAGCCAAACAAGGCACCAUAUUUUCAGCCCAUUUAAACUCAAUCAACGGGUGUAUUUACAUCAGCCGCCGAGGGAGUGAGAAAGCGUGUGUGCAGAAGUGCUUGUCGAAGUCACCUUCAAAGCGCCUUCAAACAUGGCAAACUCCAGCAGAGCUCGUGAGGCCCAAUACAACCCAGAUGAAGGGGUCGUUAAGAUGUACCUGCGGGGACGUCCCCUCAACCUGUACGUGCCGACCCCCAUGCGUGAAAUAUACAACCCCUCUGGACCCACAGCACAGCCACCUGCUAAGCUGAAGUUGGAGUGGGUCUAUGGUUACAGAGGACGAGACUGCAGGAAUAAUGUCUACCAGUUGCCGACUGGAGAGAUCGUCUACUUUGUGGCAGCUGUGGUUGUUCUGUAUAAUGUUGAAGAUCAGAUGCAGCGUCAUUAUCUGGGACAUACAGAUGACAUCAAAUGCCUGGCAGUUCAUCCCAACAAGCUCCUCAUUGCAACUGGACAGACUGCUGGUCACGACCGCAGGGAUGCUCGGUCAUGGCGCCUCAACCCUCCAGCGGAUCCUUUGAGCCCUGAGGCCGAGGAGUGGCCCCACAUCCGUGUCUGGGAUAGCGUGAGCCUCAACACUCUUCACAUCAUUGGCAUCAGUGAUAUUGAACGCUCGGUGGCCUGCCUGGCCUUCUCCAAAGCGGAUGGUGGGAGUCUCCUGGUAGCAGUUGAUGAAGCCCCCGACCAUAACAUGUCUGUCUGGGAUUGGUCACGAGGAGAGAGAGGUUACAAACUCCUGGAAACCAAAUGUGCUGCUGAUCAGGUCCUUGCUGUGGACUUCAGCCCUGUGGACCGCAACACCAUCAUCACAUGCGGGAAGAACCACAUCUCCUUCUGGAAUUAUGAGAGUGGGAUGCUUGCCAAACGAAUGGGCAUCUUUGAGAACAGGGAGCGGCCCAAGUAUGUCACGUCCAUCUCCUUCACCGACACAGGCAAUGUGAUUUCGGGUGACUCGAACGGCAACCUGCUCAUCUGGCAACGAGGUGGCAAUACAGUGUGCAAGAUGGUUCGGGGAGCACAUGAGGGCCCAGUGUUCUCCAUCUUGGUGCAGAAGGAUGGAGCCAUCAUCACCGGAGGGAAGGACGGACGCAUCAUUGAAUGGGACCGUGAUCUGGAGCGCACUGGCAAUGUGAUUGAGGUUCCUGAGCAAUUUGGUGCCCCACGUGUGGUUACCUCAGGCCGAGGGACACAGUUGGUUGUGGGUACAACCAGGAAUUGUGUUCUUGGAGGAACAUUCACUUUUCCUCUUAGACCAGUUAUGCAAGGUCACACUGAAGAACUGUGGGCUUUAGCUCCUCAUCCUAGCCAGCAGCAGUUCCUGACAGCGGGAUAUGACCGUACCUGCUACCUGUGGGACACCAUGGCUCACACUAUUGUUUGGAGCAAGGAUAUUGGGGAACAUGCCCAGUCCGCUGCCUUUUCCAAUAAUGGAGAAAUAGUAAUCAUCGGUACGACCAGUGGCCGUUGGUUCGUCAUGGAUUCAGAAACCCGAGAAAUGUAUUCACAGCACCAAGAUGGAAAUGAGCCAAUUCAGGUUCUCAGAUUUUCUCCAAGUGGACAAUAUCUUGCUGUAGGCUCAAGGGAUAACAACAUCUACGUCUACCAAGUGUCAGAAGAUUGCCGCAAGUACACUAGAAUUGGUAGAUGCCAGGGUCACUCGAGUUUUGUGACUCAUCUAGAUUGGUCUGCUGACAGCCAGUUCCUGCAGUCAAAUUCAGGCGAUUAUGAACUGCUAUUCUGGAAUGCUGGCCUGUGCCGCCAAAUUGUACAAACAUCGCAGAUGCGAGAUGUGGAAUGGGCAAGCAACACCUGCACUCUCAACUUCUCAACCCUUGGCAUCUGGCCUGAGGGAGCUGAUGGCACAGACAUCAACACCUGUGCUAAAGCCAACCAGUCGUCAUUGCUGGCGACAGGUGAUGAUUUUGGGAAAGUGAAGGUGUUUGCCUUCCCUGCUUGCAAUCAAAAGGCUCGAUGCUACGAGUAUGGCGGGCACAGCAGUCACGUAACAGCUGUCGGGUACUUGCACGACGACUCGCGACUCAUCUCCACUGGGGGUCGAGACACAGCCAUCAUGCAGUGGGUCGUCUCAGCUGCUUCUUCUUCUCCCUCCUCCUCCUCCUCCCACCGCUGAAGGAGACAGGAGGAAAUAGAGAAGGAGAAGUGUGACCUGUGAAAUAGAAUCUGAAAAGUGGCUUCUUCGUGCGAGGUGCAGACGACACUCUUAUUUACAGAUUAAUUUUUUUAAAGACUUUUUAAAGCCUUUUGCUAAUACAUCUUGUACGGUUGUGUAUUACUUUACAGUUUAUUGAAUUUUUAUAGCUACUGGAUGUUGACUUGUAUUUAAACAUUAAUCUCUCUUUUUUUCAACUAAGUAACAGAAGCUGUGCUUUGGUUAAAAUGUGCUUUUAUUUUAUGAAAAGGAUCAUAGAUGGAUGAAUGAAAGAGUAUUUAAAAAUAAAUAGCAUAACUAAGUCCAACCUGUGAACUUGAUAGAUUAAUCAGAGGAUCUGGUUGUGAAGAAGAAAAAGAAAUCGAGAUGGUGCUGGUUUAUGAAGCGGUGUUCUUUGUGUAACAGAGAAGUAUUUGGAUAAAUGGAAAGGGAUAUCUUAAUCAUCUCUCUCCUUUUUCUUUUUUUUUUAUCCCUCCUUGUUAUAUAUAGUGUCCUCUUAUUUCUUGUGCUAAUGGUGUUGAGAAAGGUACUGGUCAUGUCUUAGUCUUCCUAAAUAAGCAGACUGAAACAAGUAAAAAUGAAGUGAUGAGGUAGUUUAGCACAUAAUCUUUCUAUGUUGUUUUGUUAUGAUUGAAGUCUGUGUUGAAAAUAAUUUUUACCUCUUGUAUGCCCUUUCUUUGACAUCUAUCUUACAUAUUUAUAUUCUACAUAUUUGGCUCCCUGAAGGACAUCAUUUUCACCAAGGAAAUUUUGUCUGUAUUUCCAGCUAUGUUCAUUAUGCUGAUGAUGUCACAAUCAGUAUGUCUUCUCAUUAUGGAUUUUUUUCUGUAAGUGGGAGAUAUUGAUAAUAUUUUUUGACAGGAGUGAGGAGAUAGCAUUCAGGCUGGAUGUGCAAAGUCUUCUAAAUGAUCUGUGCUUCCUGAAGUAUUAUUUGGUUAUUUGUAUAUUAUGGUCAGCCAGGCAUAACCAGAUAAAUAUUGUAAGGUUACAUAUGGAAGAUAUUUUUAUAUAUACACACAUGGUUGACUGAUUUCCCUCUAGUUUGUUUUAUAUGAGAAUGCAUCCCAAGAUCUUGAAGUUCAAGCAUGUCAAAAUGAAUGAAUCAGUCAACAUGCAACAUUCUGUUGACAUGUACCAAUAAUUGGGAUGACAGGUAUAUGGUGGUGGCAACAGACAUCACACAACUUUUAACUAAAGUGAGCAGUCAAAGUUUUAAUCAUGUUAGCUCUUGUGUAACAUGUUGUACAGUCAUCUGAAUUUUUUAAACCAUGGUUUAUAUACACAAUGAUUGUAUUCUCAACACAUCUCAGAAAGACCAAUCCCAAAAUCAUAGUUCGUAUUUGAAAUAUACAUUUAAAUGAAGCACAGCAGAUCUUGGACAUAUGAGUGUAUAUCUUUUUGAUGAAGGCUGCAAAGUCUUUUCUUUUCACGUUUAGUUCAGUUUUGCUAAUGUGUCAUGCUUAUAACUAGAUGAAAUAGGAAAAAAGUAUAUUUUUCUUGAAUUAGUGAACUUUGACAAAUAAAAAAAGAAAAAAAAAAAUUAGUAGAGUAGCUAGUGAGUAUUACGUUGAGCUAAUCCCAUCUCCAUUAAAACAAUGUCAUGUAUGCAUAUUUCAUUUUAUGUUUUGUAUAUGAAUUGGUUUUCAUCUUUCAUCAUUCAUUCAAUGCACUUCUAUAUUAAAAGAGAGUGAUUACAAAUUAUAAACAAAUCAUGUACGUAGGAUUUAUGGUUCAAAAUGUCCUUUUAUUGUAACUGAUAUUUUGCACCUCAUUUUUUCCACCGUUGUUUAUUAAGGAAUGCACAAUACUAGAGAUCAUAACUAAUUAAUGUAUAACUAUCAUAAAUUUUAUUAUGUCAUUAUUUGUGUUGUAAAUAUUGCACUUCCUUCCCAUCAACCAAAGUUUGAAUAAAUCUGUAACUGUA